AUAGACACAUCGCUUGUUCAUUCAACCGUAUCGUGUUUUGAGUUCUUUGGAAUUACUAUAACUUAACAUUUUCAAAAUGAAAUUCUUGGUACUUGUAGUAGCUGUUUUCGCAGUAUGCGCUGCUGUUGAAGAGAAAAAAGAAAAGAGAGGUCUCUUAGGCUUAGGCGAUCCACUUUUGGACGGCCACGGAGGACUAGAAUUGGCCCCAGCCCCUAUUUUGGCUAAAGCACCAAUCUACAGCAGCUACUCCGCACCAAUCAUCAGUAAAACCAUCGCUGAACCAAUUUACUCUGCACCUUUGAUCUCCAAAUCAAUCCUUCCAGCUCCAAUCUCCUACUCCGCUCCCCUCUCCUACGCUGCACCUCUCUCCUACUCUGCUCCUCUCUCCUACUCUGCUCCUGUCUCCUACUCCGCCCCAGUCAUCAGCAAAUCCUACGCCGCUCCUAUCCUUUCCGCCCCUAUCUUGAAAUCCGCUCCACUUUUAUCCGCUCCCUUAAUCGCUAAAUCUUACUCAGCACCUUUGUUAUCCGCUCCCAUCGCUCAUGCUGCUCCCAUCUACUCAGCUCCCGCUCCAAUUUUGAGCAAAUCUAUCUCCUUAGCGGCCCCUAUCUCAUACGCUGCUCACGCUCCGAUCUCAUACGCAGCUCCUAUCGCCCAUGCUGCUCCCAUCUCUUAUGGAGCUCCUCUCUCAUAUGGACACGGGUUGGACUUAGGAUAUGGAAAACUCUACCAUUAAACAUAAAAAGUGAUAUUGUUUACCUUGUUUAAUUUAUGUUAUAGUUUCGUUUACAAUGUAAAAUUAUGUAAAUAAAC